GUCAAUUCUGAGUAAGUGGAUGGCAUCGAGGUCAUGGGUGAGGGUAGUAGGUCGAUGAUCGAUCAUCGAGAUGACGACUUGAUGUCCGAUCCCACCAGUCGCGCGAAGGUGGAGGCUGGCUAGGCUGCUUGCAGGGGGGGGCAGCAGAAGAUCUCCCUCCGUCCUCCUCCACAGCUCUUGAGAUCUUGAGAAACCUAGAACGAUAUAAACACUCGGGUCGCUACCGGUCUUGAUAACAGAUCCCGCUCUGGGUACUCGGUGUAUCUGCCAUGCCGGCCGGGAGUCAGUCGAUCGUCAACGAGCUGAUCAGAGCUGCCGCCUCGAUCCCGAAGGACAUCACCGACGCGGAGCUCGACAAGCAUGUGGCAGAUCUGCUCGUCAAGGAGGCCAAGGAAAAGGAGUCCAGGUUCAAGGAGCUCGGUAUCGGUGUCUAUCUGGAUUCCGUGAGACAAGAGACUUCAGCGGCAUCCUCUUUGCCUAAACCGAACAAGCGUUUCUUGUCGUCGGUCAUCCGUCAGGUAGAUGGGCAUAAUACCGCUUUGCUGCGAGAACAGGCUCUGGCUGCACAGGAAGCCAGUCGAGAGCUCCUACCUCCUUCCAGCCGGGAUCUUGAGAGGGACAGAGGCAAGGAUAGGGGUUCAUCUUCAGCCCGCCCGGCGAGACCGGCGGGUGCGGCUCGCCUGUUCGGGGGAGCUCUUGGGGCGGCCAGUACCUCGAAAACCAGGCAGUCUGAAGUCGAGCGGGAAAGAGAUUAUAGGCAGGGAAGUAGCUCAGGACAAAGGAGCCGUCAAGAGGAGCGCGACAAGUCUGGACGGGAUCGUGAUCGGGUAGAUCGCUAUGAUAGCGAGGACAGGGACGAGCGCCGCCCUCGCACCUCAGCGAGAUUUCGAGACGACAGGAGCGCGAGAAGAAGGUCCAGCAGUCGAGAUGAUGUUCGCGGACACCUCAGACGGCGGGACCGCACAUCGUCUGACCGCCGGUCACGUUCACACGCAGUGCGAAAAGGCACCGCUGCUCCGGCGGAGCGAAAACCAGAGGCUUUGGAGCGAUCAGAUGAUCGUCGUACUUCUCUUGCGCCCGUUGUUGACGACCGUCCGGCACCGCCGAUCCAAUCCAAGAUGGAUCGUUAUUUCGACGAAGCCUACGAUCCGCAACUGGACUUUACUGGUGUGCUACCGAUCCCGUCAGCUGGUCUGGUACCCGAUGUCGGGUGGGAUAAUAUGCUGGCCGUUCUGAAGGAGAAGGGCAAGAAGAAACGAGCUUCAUCACCUGGGUUCUCUGCCUCACCCCCGCCAACCACGUCGCACCGCCGACAAAGAUCCAUCUCGCCCAUCAGAACCACGUCUCGGUCCGAGAAGCAUCGAGACAGCGAACGGUCUGGCAAGCGCAAGUCGAAAGAUAAGGAUAAGACGAAGAGGCACACUCGGCACCGCUCUCGAUCACCGGGGUCUGUUUCUUCUGGGUAUGGCUCUGAAGACAGCGAGGCCAGGGAGAGGAGGAAACGCAAACGAAGGAAGGACAAGGAGAGAAGAAGGGCGGAGGAGGAGGAAGAGGACAAGAAGAAGUUUGGGGGUUACGUGUAUACUCGGCCGGGGGCGACAAGGGAGUGGGACGUGGGCAAGGUGGACAUGUCAUUCUGAGCAUGAGUCCAUGUAUGGCCAGAUCGACGCUGUUGCAUCUCUUGAUUUAUAAUUAGGUAAUCAUCCGCAAUAAACGAUAUAUGCAAUCGGACUGCGUCGACGCAAGCCCAGG